ACGAGCCAGACAAACAGACUGGCACUGGCAUCGCGGGAGUCGGCGGCAGUGGUCACUGGUGGUCACCGAGGAGGAUCUCGAGAGUCACCCGUGGCGCGUAUUGGCGAACAUGCGCGGCGUGCAUCCUUUAAAUCGCUCCUCGACGAAAGUGCGCGCAGUGUGCCCGUUCGGUUCUCGGUCGCUUUAACAAGACCCGGAUAGAAUUGACCAAGUCGACGGUAGGUUGUGCGCGUGAACGGUCUUAUCGUCGGGUAAGAGACGUUGAUCCAGAGACGAGGAAUCUCUGUAACGAUCGUAUCGGUGAGUGUCUUCGGAUGACUAUCGAACAAAUUGAGCGCGUGAAACGAUAAAAGAGCUCCCAGAGAAGCUAGUGUUCGUGGAAAAGUCGGAACUGAGAAUGUGUUCGGUGUUGUAAUUCGUCGACUCGAUCCAGAUUUAAACUAGUGCGCGGGGACAAGGAAGAAUCCGAAGGUGUUUGGUGUCGAAGAAUCUAUCUAAACUCGAGACAGUGUACGAGGAACAAGAGAACCCGAAAGUGUUGGAUAGUUCCAAGUUGGAUCUAGCUUGGACUCGAUCUAGUGUACCAAGGAUCUUUAGGAUAAGAAGAAAUCGGAUGGUAUUCGAUGGUCGAUGUAACCGAGACUGAAGGCAGUGCACGAGGAAGAAGAAUCUCGGUUGGUUAGUGUUGGAGACUCUUGUGUACGCGGAUUCCAUGGUAUAGAGCGCGGUGUCGCAUCGCAGGAUCGAUCGAUCUCUUAGCCGGAUCGCGGCUCGAUCGCCGAGGCGGCGGUCCCGCUCGGCGUCCACGUUGGUGGUUCGAUAGGAACGACGACGACGACGACGACGUUGUCGUCGUGCGAGCGCCGACGUAGGAGGAGGAGGAGGCGGUGGCGUAGGGGAAGGUGGUGCUGGUGGAGGUGGUGGUGGAAGCGACGGGAGAUAGAAUGGUGGCUUCCGGCCCGUGUCGAUCACGAGCGGAAAGACGCGGCGAGAUGUCGCCGCGCCGUCUCGCGCCCCUGCUGAUCCUCGGGACGAUCCUCGCCGGGCUGACGAGCACCGCCGCCGCGGACAGGAUGAGCGGCCUCUACGUCGACAACGGUUUCGACCAGACGGUGGUGCACAGGGUGGUCAGCCAACGGGAGAAACGCGAGGUCGAGCACGAGAUAUUGAAUCUACUCGGGCUGCCGGAUCGGCCGAGGAACACGGCCGGCAGGCCGCCGCAGGUCAAGAGGUCGGCGCCAAAGUUUCUUUUGGAUAUAUACAAGAACGCGCUCGGCGAGGACGAGGACGAGAAGCCAAUCGCCGAGCAACGUAGGGCCGGCGAGUUUGACCUCACCGGUCAGGAUCUCAGGGCCAUCGACCAGAGCGACGUCAUCAUGACCUUUACCGCGCACAAUCAUCAUGUUCCUGGAGUGAGGCAUGAGCGUGGUAAGAGGCUAUGGUUCGACGUCUCCGAGGUGCCACCUGGGGAACACAUAAUCGGUGCAGAGCUGAGGCUCUAUCGUAGUAUGGACGUGAAGAAUCGAAGAAAUCGUGGAUCGUACAUGAUCACGGCCUACCGUGUUCUGAGAACUCAAGACGGAACGAGGGAGUUGCAGUACGUAGAUGCUGUUAACACGACAACGGGGAAAGAGGGAUGGUUGACUUUAAAUGUUAGCGAACCCCUCGCGCAUUGGGUGAACAAUCCCGAUGGAAACAAGGGAUUGUAUCUCUCUGUACAUCCUGCUGAUCGUUCUGUGCACGAAAUGAGACCGGAGGACAUCGGAAUCGUCGGAUUCAGGGGUGAUCCCGACAGACAACCCUUCAUGGUUGGGUAUUUCAAGAGCUCCGGCAUCAGGGAGACGAAAGUACGACAGAAACGAGACGCCAGGAGAAGAAAGAAGAGCGAGUCUUCGAGUUUGGAUUAUCGGAAUAAUCCAUACACCGAUCCCGGCGUGCAGUACAACUCGAGGACUUGCAAAAUUCAAACGUUGUACGUCAGCUUCAGGGACCUCAAGUGGCAGGAUUGGAUCAUAGCACCGGACGGUUACGAUGCAUAUUAUUGCAGCGGCGAAUGCAAUUUCCCUUUGAACGCUCACAUGAACGCGACCAAUCACGCGAUCGUCCAAACGUUGGUGCACCUGGUGAGUCCUGGUAAGGUACCAAAGCCGUGUUGCGCUCCGACCAAGCUCUCACCGAUCUCCGUGCUGUAUUUCCUCGACGAAAGCAACGUUAUACUAAAGAAGUACAAAAACAUGGUCGUCAAGAGCUGCGGUUGCCACUGAUCGUCCCAUGAUUAAUAUUUUGCGGUCUCGUGUCGAGCGAGGCUCGACGAAAACGUACUGAAAUCAGAAAAUCUGAACCACGAAGAGUUAGCAAGCGUGCAUUCGAAUAGAGCCGAACGUAAACGAUACCGAUUCGACUGGAUAUUCACCAUGUCGAAUCGGCUAUUAACCAUCGGUUCGGAAAUCGACUCGAUCGGCGAAGGGAUCGAGUAACCUUUAACGACGACGAACCGAAUGUCUAACGUUUCCAACUACUUGAUACUUAUCAUGAUAUUACUGGAACACGGAUUCUGUUCUCGUACGUCGCUGGCAGUCUAUUAUUAGAUAACGGAAUUAUUUAUUGAACUCGUCGAUUCGUGUCCUCGAGCGAUUUCACAGUCGUCCAAUGUUUCAAUUAUUGUUUUACUUGUCGUAUCUAAAACGAUUUACCUACCUGUUUUCUUUUCUUUUUUUUUUUUUUUUUUUUAUACGAGUUUAAUAUCGUAUCAACUACGUGUUUAUCAGCGACAAACUAGACUAAUGCUAUAAGUAUUAAUAUUCGAAAUAUUCGC